GGCACGCGCAGUCUGGCCGGCCGCUGUCGAGCCGAGCUCCAGGCGGCUGGAGCCAGCCUGAGGCCGCUGCGCCGGUCUGGACUGUGGCUGAGAUCCCAGAGGACCCUGUCGUCCCUGCUGUCUCUCUGUUAGAGCUGCAGUUGUAUGGACUCGCCCUCCAUGACAGGCGCCCUGUCCCUGUUGAGGCACAGUCACAUUUCCCAGUGCAGGUUUGGAGAGAUGCUGCCUUUGGAGAAGGCGUUUGCCGCCCCCAGGAACUCCGCAGCUCCCCCAGCACCGCCCACGCCACGGUCGGCAGCCGGGGACCAGCAGGAGGAGACCAUCUCCAGGAGGGGCCCUGCUGACCUCGAGUUUUCCCGCCUGCACUUCCGGAGCUUUGUCUACCAGGAGGCAGCUGGGUCCCACCAGGCCCUGGCUUAGCUCUAUGAGCUGUGCUGCCAGUGGCUGCGGCCCAAGGUGCGCUCCAACGAGCAGAUGCUGGAGCUGCUGGUGCUGGAGCAGUUCCUGGGUGCCCUGCCCAACCAAGUCCAGCCCUGGGUGGUGGCGCAGCAUCCUGAGAGCUGCAACGAGGCGGCCUCCCUGGUGGAGGACCUCACCAAGGCCCUAGAGGAGCCAGGGUAUCAGCUUGCCCAGGCUGAUGCUGCCUGCAGGCUGGAGACAGGAACUUCGGUUGGUUGCCAGAGAACCGCCAGAAGGCAGCUUCUCAGGUGGCGGGAGGUGGCAGGAAAGCAGAGAGAGCCUGUGUGAGGAAGGCUCCAUGUGCGAGAUGCUGAUGGAGAGGCUCACGAGGGAAGUUUUCGUUUGCCCCUUGACGGGCACUGCCUGGGGGGAGGAAGAGCAGCUGCAGAAGGCUCUGGAUCCUCAGGAGGGGGAACCAGGCCCUGUCACCAUCGCCCAAGGGCAGUCAGUCAUCCGGGAGCCAGCCCAGGACAGGGGCACAGCUGGGGAGAACCUUACUGUGCCCAUAACGCCGGCCACCCCACGCCAAGGCCUCGGAAGAAAGAGGCCCGACCCAGAGGAUGUAGGUGGCCAGGGCUGUGAGUGUGUCUCCAGCAUGAGCCACCAGCAGCAGUGCGACGUGAAGAAAGAGCCUGCUGCAGCUGGCCGAGGCACAGGGUCCCUGGCCAGGCAGGCCUGAGGUACCUCUGCUGCGAGCUGCCCUGCAGCCUUCCCUGGGAUGGCCUGAGGGAAGCCCUACGCAUGCAGUGAGUGCGGGGAGACCUUUGCAUGGAUCUCACAUUUCAUCGAUCAUCUCGGGAGCCACACUGGCAGGAAGCUCUAUGUGUGCCAGGACUGCUGGAAAACCUUCCACUUCAGCCUGGCCCUGGACAAGCACCAGAAGACCCACGAGAAGGAGAAAGUCUAUGUGUGGGGAAGGGCCCUGGGCCCCCACCCUGCCGCCUGUGGAGCCCAUGCCUGUGGGAGGAUUGGCAGGCUCCCGGAGUGUGUGGAAGGUGAUGUUUUCCCUAUGCAGUGUGAGGCACAGAGAUGAGCCACUUUGCUGUGAGUGUCCCUAGAGAAGGACACCUUUGCCUGCCUGGGAGUCCUGAAUAACGUAUUGGGCUCCUUUGAGAACUUGUGUGGCUUCCUAUGGUGUCUGUGUGGAUGUACAUUUCUAGAUGAGCUAAUGUGGCUAAAGCACUUAGAACCCAGGAAGGGCCCAUGGGAAGCCCUCAUCUCCUUGAAAACACAACCAUGCAGACGCCGUCAGAUGUGAAAGAAGGCUCCGCUUUCUUCUGGAGCCAUUUUAGCACCACCCACACGUUGGAACAUUUCUCAGUGUGCAAAGUGUAGAGUUGCCUUAAGGAGCAUGAUCUGCCAACUCUUCCUUGAAGUCAGCCUUGUCUCUAUUCCUCCUGUUUGAGCUCCCCAGGGCUGUUGUUCAAGAAGAAAUCUUGCCAGAUGUUUUGGCCUUUUCAUAAAUACGUGAUGUGAGGUUCACUUCUGAAUCCUCAAUAGCAAACUGUGUCCUAGUUGAACUCACAUG